AUGUUGAGUUACAGGCGUUCUCUGUUGGCCGAGCACCGCGCACGUGCCAAAGAGGUUAUGGCGCAAUCAAAAAGUAUGCUCACUACUAUGGCCAUUGCAGGUCUAUGGCCUAAAAACAUUGCAGUCAUCGUAAAUAUUGACGACAACCACCAGCAAGACUCGGACAACAUUCAAAAUGAUGGCAUGGAUGACGAAGACGAGGACGACCUCAGCAACCUCGAUCAAAAGAACGGCAGAUGCAUCGGCGUUGUCUUAAAUGUGCUUGCUCGAAUGUGCGAUGAUAUACCAGUGACAAUGUACAAUUCAGAGAUCAAACAUAUCGGGCCUUCCUGGCCGGCCCUCCUCUCCCGUCUACUGGGCAUGCUCAGGAGAAGAGAUUGUGUGUCGUCUAGGAGGUCAAUGUGGUGCCUAGUCCGGUAG